AUGGGACUUGGUAAAACUGUCCAAAGUUUAGCAUUCCUUGCUCAUUUAUCUGAAUCACAAGGUAUUUGGGGCCCAUUUCUUAUAAUAGCUCCUGCAUCCACUUUACACAACUGGCAGCAAGAAUGUGCACGAUUUGUUCCAAAAUUCAAGGUGGUUCCAUAUUGGGGCAAUACACAAGAUCGGCGCAUUUUACGUAAGUUUUGGGAUCAGAAAUGUUUGCACACUGAAGAAGCUUCAUUCCAUGUAGUAAUAACCAGUUACCAAUUAGUCAUCCAAGAUGUCAAGUAUUUUCAAAGAAUCAAAUGGCAAUACAUGGUACUGGAUGAAGCACAAGCCAUCAAGAGUAGUUCCAGGUUUGUUGUUGUUGGUUUUUUGGGGUCUUUUUUUCAUCUCUUCUUUUUUUUCUUUCUUUUCAUCUUUUUUUCUUUCUUUUCAUCUCUUCUUUUUUUUCUUUCAUCUCUUCUUUUUUUUUCUUUCUUUUCAUCUUUUUUUCUUUCUUUUCAUCUCUUCUUUUUUUCUUUCUUUUCAUCUCUUCUUUUUUUCUUUCUUUUCAUCUCUUCUUUUUUUUCUUUCUUUUCAUCUCUUCUUUUUUUUCUUUCUUUUCAUCUCUUCUUUUUUUCUUUCUUUUCAUCUCUUCUUUUUUUCUUUCUUUUCAUCUCUUUUUUUUCUUUCUUUUCAUCUCUUCUUUUUUUUUCUUUCUUUUCAUCUCUUCUUUUUUUUUCUUUCUUUUCAUCUCUUCUUUUUUUUUCUUUCUUUUCAUCUAUUCUUUUUUUUUCUUUUCAUCUCUUUUUUCUUUCUUUUCAUCUCUUUUUUUUUUUCUUUUUUUCUCUUUUUUUUUUUCUUUCUUUUCAUCUUUUUUUUUUUCUUUUCAUCUCUUCUUUUUUUUUCUUUCUUUUCAUCUCUUCUUUUUUUUUCUUUCUUUUCAUCUCUUCUUUUUUUUUCUUUUCAUCUCUUCUUUUUUUUCUUUCUUUUCAUCUCUUCUUUUUUUUCUUUCUUUUCAUCUCUUCUUUUUUUUCUUUUCAUCUCUUCUUUUUCUUUCUUUUCAUCUCUUCUUUUUUUCUUUCUUUUCAUCUCUUCUUUUUUUUCUUUCUUUUCAUCUCUUCUUUUUUUUCUUUCUUUUCAUCUCUUUUUCUUUCUUUUCAUCUCUUUCUUUCUUUUCAUCUCUUUUUCUUUCUUUUCAUCUCUUUUUCUUUCUUUUCAUCUCUUUUUCUUUCUUUUCAUCUCUUUUUCUUUCUUUUCAUCUCUUUUUCUUUCUUUUCAUCUCUUUUUCUUUCUUUUCAUCUCUUUUUCUUUCUUUUCAUCUCCUUUUCUUUCUUUUCAUCUCUUUUUCUUUCUUUUCAUCUCUUUUUCUUUCUUUUUUUCUUUAACCCUACCCCACAUUGCUUUAGGAAAAGAGGGAAGAUUGACAAAUUUAAAUUUAUUUAA